UAAAGCAGUACAAAGCAGUACAAGAUGUCCGCUUCAAUUUGAAAUAUUUUGCCAUAGCGUCAUUACAAAGUGUUUGGUAACUAAUAUGAGCAUCCGAAUCGAUAUCAACGUUUGCCGGGUGUGCUGCAAACCGAAAGCGGUCAAUUCGAUUUUACAGCAUGCCGAAAAGUUCGUCUACUGCACUGCUCUGGAGAUUGCCGAAAAUGAUGGUCUUCCGGAUAAAAUAUGCGAUAGCUGCUUGGAACGCAUGAAACUCGCCGUGGAAUUUAAGAAGAAGAGCGAAUAUUCCGAUCGACAACUUCGGAAAUUUAUUGCCAAUGUGAACAGUCAGUUCCACAUGGCACUGGUGAUCGCCGAUGAUGAUGAAGAUGAUAAUGUUGUCGAAGAGGUGCCUGCGUCCGAGGAAAUGUGUAAAAACAGUCCCGAACAGCCACCAGCGGAAGAUUCCGAACCCCUUACCAUGACCGUUCCGACAAACAGUGCACUUGGAACUAAGCAACUGCCGGAAGAUUCUGAUGCUGAAAUAUGUCUCGAUUUUGAACCGGAACCCGACCCGCCACCCGUGUCAAAUUUUGAGCUAGAGGCAGACCAAGAACCGGAAAAGUUCCGAGCGGUCGCAGUUAUUCAGGAAAAAGCCACGGCCAUUCAGAAAAACGAAAUUUUCGAAGUGUUGGAAGUGGAUUACGGUGAUAAUUCCGAAGAGCAUCCGAAUGACGAUAUGGAAACGGAACAACAAAAUUCCAUUUCGGAUGGAUUGGAAGAAACGGACGGGACGCAAUGUAAUGUGAUCUAUAUCAGUAUUCCGAAGCUGUACCAGAACCAACAGGAUCAUGCACAAAUCAAGGACGAAGCCAAUUUGGAAGAUGAUGUCGACUCAAUUGCCAGCCGUCAGGAGCAAACUGAAGAGUGCAAAUAUCAGACGAAAAAAGAAACAAACAAGACUACCGGUUCCGAUGGAAAAACGCUUGGUGGUCAAUUUGAGUGUUCGCAAUGUGCGAAAUUUUUCUCAACGAGAACCAAUCUCAAUCGGCAUUUGCAGGCUCACAAUGGCCGUAAACCGUACGUUUGUGAACUUUGCCAGAAGGGCUUCACGCAGAACGGUUCUCUAAAGCAGCACAUGCUGAUCCAUCAGAACAUCCGACCGUACGUCUGUACGAUAUGUGAUCAAGGUUUCAGUCAGCAGAAGACGCUCACGUUCCACAUGCGACGCCACACGAACGAGAAACCGUUCGUCUGUCCGCACUGUUCGUUUGCCUUCCGCCAGAAGGAUGGCCUUAAGCGGCACCUGCUCGUAAAACACACUGAACGGAACGGCAAAAGUUUCGUCUGUGACCAGUGCGCCAAAUCGUUCAGCACCCGGUACGGGCUGGCGGUGCAUAAGAAACGACAUGAGAAACGGCACGAACCUUUGCGGACCGCAGAAAUCGUUGAGGCCAUCGAACAUGAAAUUGAAUAGGUUAUUGUAAGAAUUAGGACGAUAAUAAACUUCUAGUAUUUUGUGUAACAAGUUCCCCCAGACUUCCCUUUCGAUGGGAACAAUUUCUUCGUACUGCUCGAAAUAUUUUCUCGAACGAAAUGAUCACUGACCUGCGGGGGAAGGUCAUCUACACGCUCUUCUAUGGCA